AAGUAAUGAAGAUGAAGAAAUCAUUCCAAUCAGUACAGAUGAAUUACUUGACAAUAAAACUACGGAACGAGUUAUUCCAACACGUAUAAUAAAAGAGAUUUCAGCAUUAUCACCAACAGCAACAGAAAAUUCUGGAAAUGCAUUAAGAAGAAAUUGGUGGAAAUUAUUAAUGGCAUUUAUUAUCACAAUUGUAGUAAUAACUGUUGGAAUUUAUUUCUUGGCUAAAAGACCGCGUUCAAAAUCGGACGAAUCAAAUAAUAAUAAUAGUUCAGGCAAUGAAACUACAAAUUUCAAUUAUCCACCCAACGUCACCUAUGAUUCUUUUUAUAUACCAAUUUUACCUCAGCUCGAUUCUUCUUUUAUGAAAAUAGAUAAUUCGACAUUUGACAAUACAAAAUCAUCGUUGAAUUCACCACCAAUAAAUCAAGAAUAUCCAUAUGGACAAGCAGGUUAUCCAAUACGUGGUGUCAAUUUGGACGGUUGGCUAGUACUUGAGCCAUUGAUUGUUCCAUCGUUUUUCAGUCCUGAUGCUCCGGAUGAAGCUUCAGUUGCCAAAUCACUUGGCCCUGAUGCGGCAAAAACUAAAUUUAUAAAGCAUUAUAAUGAGUUUGUUAAUGAAGAAGAUUUUAAAAAAAUGUCAGAAUUUGGAUUAAAUCAUGUCAGAAUUCAAAUUGGAUUUUGGGCAAUUGAAGUAUUGGAGGGCGAAUCAUAUGUGCCAUAUGCGAGCUGGCAAUUUCUGUUGAGAGGAAUCAAUUGGGCGAGAAAGUACGGAUUAAGAGUUUUUGUAGAUUUACAUAAAGUUCCAGAUGAUAAAGGGAUACUUAGAAAGGUUGGAAACUUUAAUGAUAAUGGCCUCAAUGGCCUAAAUGAAUCACAACGUACACUUCGACAUAUAAAAGCAUUGGCGAACUUUUUCAAUAGGGAUAAUUAUACUCAUGUGACAUCACUACUCGGACCAAUCGACGAGACAAAUUCUAAAUUUGUGGUUGGAAAUCUCUCCGAAUUCUAUAACAGAUCUUAUCAAAAUAUAACCGCCUCUUAUAAUGAUAGUAGCCGACAACCCUAUGUGGUACUUGACGAAGCUCAGGCAGGAUUUUCAACAUGGUGGACUUUAUUAAAGUCUCUAAAUCGUGCUAUUCUGGGUAGUCAUAGUUGGUUUAUAUACAAUAAGGAGUUCAGUUCCGCAAAUUCAUCCGACUAUGAAAAAUUAAUUUUGUCUUGGUCAUGCGAACAAAAAACUAACUUUUUUAGUAAUGCAAAUGAAAAUGUCAAAACAAUUGCCACUGAAUGGGCUGCAGUUGUAAAUGAUUGUGACCACAUGCAUGCUAUUGAUUCUAGUAUUUUGCUUCCAUGUUCGACUUGCAAAUGUGAUAGUGAUAAUGAUUGGCGGAAUUGGAAUCAAACGAAAAAAGACUCAUUGUUAAAGUUGGCUGAAGUUCAAAUGGAUGCAUAUGAGAGUGGAAGUGGAUGGUUUUAUUGGACCUGGAAAACCGAGAAUAAUCAUGCACCAAAAUUCGAUUACAAACUUGGUGUGGAGAAUGGAUGGAUUCCUGAUCUGAAAAAAAAUCGUACCAGUACAUCUUUUUGUGAUUCUAGAAAUGCAAAUUGA